AUGCCCCGGCGCAGCGACUCGCGACGGCGCCGGAGCGACUCGAGGGACUACCGGCGCUCCCCUCCUCGUCGCCGCUCACCCUCACCGAGGCGCCGCUCGCCGCAGCGCUCCCCCCACCGGUCGAGGUCCCGCUCGCCCAGGUCACCGGCAAGAAAGUCCCCGGUGAAGGUUACACCGGCGCCCAGCGGGGGUGGCGGCGGUGGCGGCGAGAUGCCAGGAGACAUCGGCAAGGCAGAGGUGGUGGCUGGCAAGCCACGGCCUAGCACAGGGGAGCAGACGUGGCGCGCAGAGAUCAUGAUGCCUCAAGUUGGCCUUGGGGACAAGAGCGGCGCCUACAACUACGGUGGCAAGGUGCGAACCAUGUGCAUCCGUGGACCACACCGGGUGGACAAGCAACAGGCGGAGGAAGACGCGAUCAAGCUGGAGGACGCGGCCAAAGAUGGCGACACGCGGAAGGUCAAGGCCAUCGCGAACGACAUGGUACGGGGCGGAGCAAAAUGA